UGUAUAGUAAUGUUGCUGUCCUUUUUAUCCGAUCACAAACAAAAAAAAAAACCUAAGACACAAAGGAAGUGAAUGGCAAUGGAGUAUCAAUGCUGCGAAACAGGGUUCGUUAUUGGAAUCAUUAUAGUUGCUAGUCUCGUGUUGUUUGCUGGGUUGAUGUCUGGACUAACAAUGGGGCUCAUGUCUUUAAGCCUAGUUGAUCUUGAAGUUCUUGCUAAGUCUGGAACACCUAGCGAUAGUAAACAUGCCACAAAGAUACUUUCAGUCGUUAGAAGACAGCAUUUGCUUCUGUGCACUCUAUUAAUCUGCAAUGCGGCAGCUAUGGAGGCCCUUCCAAUCUUUCUGGACAGCUUGGUAUCAGCUUGGGGUGCUAUUCUUAUUUCAGUCACCCUGAUACUUAUGUUUGGUGAGAUUAUUCCCCAAGCAGUUUGUACCCGAUAUGGUUUGGCCAUUGGUGCAAAAGUUGCUCCGUUUGUUCAAAUUCUUGUUUGGAUUUGUUUUCCAGUUGCAUAUCCAAUAAGCAAGCUAUUAGACCUUCUCCUGGGGGAAGGGCAUGAGGCUCUUUUCCGCCGUGCUGAGUUGAAAACGCUUGUUGAUUUGCAUGGUAAUGAGGCUGGCAAAGGUGGAGAAUUGACACGUGAUGAGACAACAAUCAUAGCAGGAGCUCUUGAACUAAGUGAGAAAACAGCAAUGGACGCAAUGACUCCUAUAUCAGAAACGUUUGCAGUCAAUAUCAAUGCUAAAUUGGACAGGGAUGUGAUGAAGUUGAUUAUGGAGAAAGGGCAUGGCAGGGUACCUGUUUACCAUGAGCGUCUAGAGAACAUAAUUGGACUUAUUUUGGUGAAGAACUUAUUAACCAUCCAUCCAGCUGAUGAGGUGCCUGUAAAAAACAUCACCAUUCGCAGGAUUCCAAGGUAGUUUACUUAUCCUGAGCUACAUACACAAAUACAAUGGGUAAAGAUAUGCAUAAUAAGA